AGACCAAUAUGGCUUCCUGCGCCUGGUGACGGUUGAAGAAACAGUUAGGUCUCAUGGAGAAGCCACGGGGCAUCGAGGAGAUUCCUUCUUCAGAACCAAUGGAGGAAGAAGAGGAAGAUGACGACUUGGAACUCUUUGGUGGCUAUGACAGUUUCCGGAGUUAUAACAGCAGUGCGGGCAGUGAGAGCAGCUCCUACCUAGAGGAGUCAAGUGAAGCAGAAAAUGAAGAGAGGGAAGCAGGGGAGCUGCCCACCUCCCCCCUGCAUUUGCUCAGCCCUGGGACUCCUCGCUCCUUGGACGGCAGUGGUUCUGAGCCAGCUGUCUGUGAGAUGUGUGGUAUCGUGGGUACAAGAGAAGCCUUCUUCUCCAAGACCAAGAGAUUCUGCAGCGUCUCCUGUUCCAGGAGCUACUCCUCCAACUCCAAGAAAGCCAGUAUCUUGGCUAGAUUACAGGGCAAACCACCUACCAAGAAAGCCAAAGUCCUGCACAAAGCAGCCUGGUCUGCCAAAAUCGGAGCCUUUCUCCACUCACAAGGGACGGGACAGCUAGCAGAUGGGACACCGACGGGGCAAGACGCGCUGGUCUUGGGUUUCGACUGGGGGAAGUUCCUGAAGGAUCACAGUUACAAGGCUGCUCCUGUCAGCUGUUUUAAACAUGUCCCGCUCUAUGACCAGUGGGAGGAUGUGAUGAAGGGAAUGAAGGUGGAGGUGCUCAACAGUGACGCUGUGCUCCCCAGCCGAGUAUACUGGAUCGCCUCUGUCAUCCAGGCCGCAGGGUACCGAGUACUGCUGCGGUAUGAGGGUUUUGAAAACGACGCCAGCCACGACUUCUGGUGCAACCUGGGAACUGUGGAUGUCCACCCUAUCGGCUGGUGCGCCAUCAACAGCAAGAUCCUGGUGCCCCCACGGACCAUCCAUGCCAAAUUCACUGACUGGAAGGGCUACCUCAUGAAACGGUUGGUGGGAUCCAGGACACUUCCUGUGGAUUUUCAUAUCAAGAUGGUGGAAAGCAUGAAGUACCCCUUUCGGCAGGGCAUGCGGCUGGAGGUGGUAGACAAGUCCCAGGUGUCACGGACCCGCAUGGCUGUGGUGGACACAGUAAUUGGGGGUCGCCUACGACUCCUCUACGAGGACGGCGACAGUGAUGAUGACUUUUGGUGCCACAUGUGGAGCCCCCUGAUCCAUCCAGUGGGUUGGUCCCGGCGUGUUGGCCAUGGCAUCAAGCUGUCAGAGAGGCGCAGCGACAUGGCCCACCAUCCCACCUUCCGGAAAAUCUACUGUGAUGCUGUUCCUUACCUGUUCAAGAAGGUUCGAGCUGUCUACACAGAAGGUGGUUGGUUUGAGGAGGGGAUGAAGCUGGAGGCCAUUGACCCCCUGAAUCUGGGCAACAUCUGUGUGGCAACCAUCUGCAAGGUUCUCCUGGAUGGCUACCUGAUGAUCUGUGUAGAUGGGGGGCCCUCCACAGAUGGCUCGGACUGGUUCUGUUACCAUGCCUCCUCCCACGCCAUCUUCCCAGCCACUUUCUGCCAAAAGAACGACAUUGAGCUCACACCUCCGAAAGGGUACGAGACACACACUUUCAGCUGGGACACCUACUUGGAGAAGACCAAGUCGAAGGCAGCUCCAUCGAGACUCUUUAACAUGGACUGCCCCAACCAUGGCUUCAAGGUGGGCAUGAAGCUAGAAGCCGUGGACCUGAUGGAGCCCCGGCUCAUCUGCGUGGCCACAGUGAAGCGGGUGGUGCAUCGGCUCCUCAGCAUCCACUUUGACGGCUGGGACAACGAGUAUGACCAAUGGGUGGACUGUGAGUCCCCGGACAUCUACCCGGUCGGCUGGUGUGAGCUCACCGGCUACCAGCUCCAGCCACCUGUGGCCACAGAGCCAACCACACCUCUAAAGGCCAAAGAGGCCACGAAGAAGAAAAAGAAACAGUUUGGAAAGAAAAGGAAAAGAAUACCACUGACCAAGACCCGGCCCCUGAGACAAGUGUCCAAGAAGCCGCUGCUGGAUGAGGCCCCGAAGGCUGCAGAGAUCUCGUCGGGGCCCGUUCCCGAUGAGAUCAUUGCUGUGCGCGUGAAGGAAGAGCAUGUGGAUGCGGCCACACCCGACAAGGCCCCGAGUCCAGAGCUGCCCGUUUCCCUAGAGAACAUCAAACAGGAGACAGACGACUGAGCCACCCCUGCUGCCGGCCUGGCCACCUAGGAAGCCAGCCAGUGCUCUGUCACCACCACCUUCCACCCCACUUUAGUUGGAGACUGAGCCUUUUUGCAUAAAUUCAGCCAGCUGCUGAGGCUCCGUCACUGAAGGGCCAGCCGGGGUCUCCUCUGACCCGCCCUGUGACCUCUGCCCUCUUUGGCAAGGCCUAGUGACUGGGGCUGCCUGAGGUCCUCACAAUGGUCUGUGAGUGGCUCCCUCUCCGUCUAGAGUCCCCGAAGCUCUCCCGUCCCGUAGCCCCCUCCACACCCACCACACCACUCAGUUGCCAGGUGUGGGAGGCCGUCGCCCAGUCACACCACAAAACAAGACUGAAGUGUGUGGUGUGUGUGUGUGCCUGCCCAAGCAAGUCACAUAAAUAAAGACCUGCAGCAGCUCUUGAGAGGGAGACGGUCACCUGAUGGGUGGUGAGUGGUGUGAUGAGUCUAAAAAUGGAACCAAGUGGCCUGUCUUGCCUCCUGAGUUGGUGCUCUGCUUCUAGCACCCCAGAGAGGUAGAGGACCCCAUGUAGACCCUUCUCUGGCAGGCAGCUGAGAAGUGACCAGGAUGUGGGUUUCAGUGACUUGUGAGGUGGCCUUGACCUAUUGGCAUGAGCACCGACUCCCAUUUCUAAAGGAACAGUGGAAUAGAGGUGGGGUCUGCUGCCUGGGUUGGGGGCUUGCAGGGGCCUAAGGAGGGAAGGACUAACAAUAGGCCAUACCCUUGGGGAAGAUCAAUGGUGGAUGGAGUCGGGGGCGGCGGGAGAGGCAGGUCUGCAAGGCGAGCUCAGCCCCACCUGAGAGGCAGACUCUCCAGCACUGAGCUUAACCUGCUCCAGAGGCCAGCUUGGCUGGGACCUGUCCUUUUCACUUCCCUUCUGUUAACCAGGGUCAGGUACAGCCCUGCCAGAGUCACAGGGCUGCGACGGGAGUGGUCAGCCCUGCUGGCUGAGAUGACCCUGAAGCAGCUCCUGGGUGGAGGGAGAAGAGGGGUAGCAGGACACACUUCCUGGCUCCCUGUCUUUCAUUGUCAAGUCCUUAGCUCCUUAGCAUAGACUCCUGCUGCUCUCUGAAAUUACAUUCUAGUUCACCUAGUGUUCACCAAAGUACAGCUUUUGUUUUUCUCAGUUUCCUUUGAAACUGCCUCCUUUUUGAUCAACAAUCCCGUCUCUUCAUUAAUUCCCACUUCUGGAACCCAAGGCAGAAGCUGCAGCCUCGGCCCAUUCCUCUGAUGUGCAGAGAACCCCACUGCUGGGGGCGGGUCUGCCUUAGGCUGCAGCUGUGCUGGCCCGGAGUCCCACCGCCUUCUGCUGUGGUCUGGGCUGGCCACAGGGGGUGCUGUCUGCUCAGGACUGGGCUAUCUGUGUCAUCCCAGAGAUGGGGUGACCAGCCCAAGGGGAGCCAAUUUUCAGUUCACAGAGAAUUUGGUCUGGUCUUUGCUGAAGGCACUAGGAGCCCCAUAUGGUGCAGAAAAGAGGCCCCAAAAGAAGCCUGUUGGUACAGCCUGAAUUCAGUAAGUGACUAUAUUUAGAACACAAGCCGAAAACAGCGACAGGUCUCUCAUAUACAUACCCCAGACUUAGGUGGUGACUGGCUAGUGGCACCAGCCACUGGGGAGGAAGAUGGCCCAGGUGUGCACUCUGGCUCCUGGGCCUGCCCAUGGAGCCCUCCUUUUGUUGGGGGUAGUGUGUCCAGCACAAGUGACUUCCUUGCGGUUGUGGGGUCCAAUUCUGCCUGAUGAGCUUCUGGGGAAAUGACUUGUAUGGCAUUUUGGCCUUUAGUUCCUUCUUGAAUGAAGAAGUGAUGCCUACAGGUGCUAUGGGCACAGAGGCCCCCAGAUUCCAACAGUGGAGCUGGAAGAUAAGUUUAGCUGCCACUCAAGCCCUGGACUGGCCUCUCCAGACAGCCAGAGGGGGUGUGUGUAGACAGCCGCACUGCCCAGGGGUCCAUUACUUGAAAAUUUGUCAGAUGUUUGUUCCUUACAGCAGUGUGUAUUCUGAUAUGCCACCUCAUAGUAACAAUUACAAAGUGAGUUCACAUGUGGAGAGAACAAUAAAGAGUAAAU